UCGUUUUCUUCUGCACUCCCUAAAAGAGAAGACAAAGUUGUGAAACUCAAGUUCCUCUUCCUAAGUUUGUCUUUCCAGUAGCGAGAGGAACAUCUGCAGCAGCUGGACAUCCUCACACCAGGCUCGAAGGACAGACAUGGCCAAGUCAAACAUUUUCGACCUGGACUGGCUUGAAGACCUGUUUACAGAUUCACCUACCCCCUAUUACCCAUCAUUUGAUGCAGCCCCUUGCAAGUCUCCGGAGAACGUGAACAAAUAUAUAUAUGUUGUGAUUUACUCCAUAGUCUUUAUUCUAAAUGUAGUCGGCAACAGCCUUGUCAUUUUAGUAAUUUACCAGAACAAGUUGAAGAGGUCGUCCACGGAUGUCUACCUCCUGAAUCUUGCCAUUGCCGACUUGCUGUUUGCUGUGACUCUGCCCUUUUGGGCGGCAUACAAAGCCCAUGAAUGGAUUUUUGGGAUCGUCAUGUGUAAACUUGUGUGUAUAUUACAGGAAGUCAACUUCUACAGCGGGAUACUGCUGCUGGCUUGUAUAAGUGUGGAUCGGUACCUGGCUAUUGUCCAUGCCACAGAGGCCGUGACACAGAAGAGGCACUGGGUCAAGUACAUUUCCAUCUGUAUCUGGAUAUUUUCCUUAGUUAUAGCCCUUCCCACCAUCUGGUUCAAGGCUGUGUUUUUGACCCCUAGAAAUGGUUAUGUCUGCCAUGAGGACAUUGGCGGUGAGAACACGUUCCGCUGGAAGAUCAUCAUAAGAAUUGGACGCCACUUGGCUGGAUUCUUCAUACCUCUGCUCAUCAUGCUUUUUUGCUAUGGCUUUACCAUCAAAACUCUUUUUCAGGCCAAAAACAACCAGAAACAACGAGCCAUGAAGGUCAUCCUGGCAGUAGUUUUAGCCUUUCUGAUCUGCUGGCUUCCUUACAAUAUCACCGUUAUAGUGGACUCGCUACUGAGGACAAACUAUAUCAAUGAGACCUGCGAGUUCCGGAACAGGUUGGACGUGGCCCUCUCUGUGACCGAAAUAUUUGGUUACUCCCACAGCUGUAUCAACCCAAUUCUCUACGCCUUCAUCGGACAGAAGUUCAGACAAAGCUUCCUCAGGAUCUUGGCCAGCAAGGGUAUCAUCAGCAAGGAAAUUGUGUCUCGCUACGGCCGGAGCUCCUCGGUCAUGUCAACUUCUGGAAACACGUCCACCACAAUCUAGCGGAUUGAAUGUAAAAUCUGGGCAGUAGUUAAAGGGAUGCAGUGAAGCCGUACAGAUCCUGCAAUCACCACUGCAUUCCAAAAAGAGAACUUUAAAAGUAAACCAAAAGCCAAGUAUUAAAAGAGAGAGAGGUGGGGUCUCCUUCCAUCUUUGGGUCUCCAUUGGGGCACUCUAAAUCUGGUGGGUGGAUCUCAGACUGACCCCAGACUGACUGUGACAACCAGGUCAUUGCUGUGAGCUGAACAUGUCCACUCCCAUCUCUGGGUUGCAUCCCUUAUAUAUUUCUAAGGAAAGUCUGUUAGAAACCUAGUGACAUGAGGACCAUGACACCAAUAUUAUGGUGUCACUGUCUCCUAGAGGAGUUUCCAUCAGAAUAUAUGACAUGUGCCCUCCAUAGAAGCGAAACAGAAAAUUCUGCUUACAGCCAGGUCCUGGAGUGAAGAUGGUACUAAAGGUAGAGAUGGCGUUUGGUUCCUUCACUGAUCAUGGUUCAAAGUACACCUUUGCUCAGAAUAUGGACAGUAAAGUUAGGAUUUUGUCAAAUUGUAAUUCUAUUUGGGGAGGGGUUAAACCCUCUGUGCAGUAUGCACACCUAACUCCUGCACUCCUGUGUAUUAACCUUUUCCGACCCCUGAACCCUGUGCGUUACAUGCUUCCAACCCCUGUACAGUAUUUUGUGCAUUAUGCACUCCUGACCCCUGCACUCUGUGCAUUAUGCACUCCUGACCCCGGCAUUCUGUAUAUUAGAUACUCCUGGCCAGUGUACUGUAUGUGUUACAUGCUCCUGACCCCUGCAUUCUGUGCAUUAUGCACUCCUGUCCCCUGCACUCUGUGCAUACCCUUGACCAGGUUUGCCACCUACUCCGCCUUCCUUUAAGUGCCUAAAGAUGCCCCAGGUCUCCCAGAACCCAACCUCCCAGAGACACCUAACUCUCCCACAACCCAGCCUCCCAGAGACACCGAACUCUCCCACAACCCGACCUACCAAGCACACCUAACUCUCCCACACCCUAUCUCCCAGGGACACCCAACUCUCCCACAACUUGAUCCCCCAGAGACACCCAACUCUCCCACAACUAGACC